AUGCGGACGCCGGAGGGGCAAAGCGGUCGGUUCGCGCGGCGGGCGCCGCCAUGUAGUCAUAGGAGACGGGGGAGCCGCCCUCGAUCCGCGCGCCCGGGUGGCGGCUGCAUCCGUGGCUGCGAGCUUGCGGCGACGACCUUCGGCCACGCAUUCUACGGCCGCAGCCUGGCCGACGGCGAGGUGGCCUAUCGGCGCUCCCAGACGGGUGGGUACGAGGCGCAGCUCGCGGACGCGCUGGAGAGCCUGCACUCGCACAUCGCCGGCACGGUGGAGCUGAGCGGCGCGCAGCUGGCGACGGAGGCGGCGACGAUCGAGAGGCACGGGCAGCAGCUGGGCGUCAACGAGACGCUGCUGGUGCGCGCGCUCGACCUGGUCGACGCCUUCGAGGCGAGCGCCACGUACGGCCCGCUCUUUGUCUCGAGCGGGCCGUUCAUGCGCGGGCAGGACGUGGGCGACGGGCGCGACACGCACCGUGCCAUGCUCGUCGUGCAGCAGGCGCUCAUCGACCACGCCUUCAGCGCGCCCGGCGUCGUCGCCCCGUGCAGCAUCCACCUGUUCCAGGGGCGCGCGUGGCUCACCGCCGAGUACGUGCCUGGCGCGUGUGCGCCGCCCUCCGACCCGUCGGUGGUGCACAGCGUGCAGCUCGAGCUCGAGCACCCGCUGACGUGGGGCCACCCCGUCGGCUACGGCCAUCAGGACGCAAAGAAGCCGACCGGCCUCUGCCUGGCGCCUGGAGCGGUGGCCAACGUGACGGCACCGCCGGCGCUGGCGGCCGCGGGAGGCUUCAAGGUGCUCAUCGGCUGCCAGACGCACGACCAUGCGCCCAAGAACAUGCACAAGCGAAUGGACCGCGUGAGCGUGACGGCGGCUAUCGACGGCACCUCGACGCUCGUGACGAGCCCACUCGGCGGCGGCGUCUACAUCCUGGUGCCGUAUGGGGCUUCGCUCGGCGUGCUGAGCGUCGAGAUCAGCGGCGGCGUCGUGCGUGCGCCCUUCUUCCGGCGCACGUCCUUCGACCAGAUGAGCAACGCCAACUGGGUGGCGCGGCGCACUGCGGCCGCGCCGUGGGCCGACUUGGAGACGGACAAGUUCUUGCUCUCGGUGCCGAGCUCGUGGGUGUACGCGUACGACGAUCCGCUCGCCCUGCUCAACACGUACGAUCUUGCCAUGGAUGCCGUCGCAGAGUGGGGCGGCUACCCUCCUGUGCUCCGCGAGGCCGCCGGGGUUCACACCCUCUACCUGAUGCCCGACCUGCUCAUCGCGACACCACUCUACGGCACCGGCUACCCGCAGACCAACGUGCUGUACGACCCGGAGACGGACUAUGGCGGCAACUACGACUUUUGGGUGCUGCGUGAGGUCUCCGUCGCGCCGCCCGAGCCGCUGCAGUGGUCGGAGGCGUCGCAGGGGUGUCGUUGA